AUGAGUGACAUUGAUACCAAGCAGCCCCAAGUCGUGGAUCCACCACCUGCUGAACCAUCAGUACUAAGCAGCACUGCAGAAACAAAAGACACUGCCAUGAGUGACCAAGGCGUCGAUACAGUCGCGGAAAUCGAGCAUCAGGACGAAGCUGCUACUUUAUCAGUCAGCCAAGAUGAAUUCUCGGAUGCCAUUGAUGACACCAACGAAAAGACGGCGCAAGACUUGACCAACGUAAUUACUGCUCUUCAAGGAACAGUGCUGGCCAACCUCCCCAAACAGGAGCCUCUUGUGUUCAAGGACGAGAAUCAAGCACAGGACGUAAUGGAUAAGGUACUGGAUACAAUUCCUGAGGUGGAAAUCAACAAUUUGGGAUCCAGCUUAAUUAGCAACAUUGAAGAGUCAUCCCCGACUAGCAAAGCAGAAGAGGAUAAAGCAGACAUUGACAUCCCAUUGAGCGACGAUGACAACGAGAGAAGAGCUGAGGAGGGCAUCCAUGCUGUGAGUGAGCCAAGCUCGCCUCGUCCGCAAGCUGCUUCAGUGUCUGAUCUCAAGAUUACCACUCAUUUUGAGCAAAUCCGCAACUCGAUUGAUGUGCCUGCUGGCCAAAACAUGGCAGAUUUUGUUACUCCCCCUACACCUGGUUUAGCUCCUCCGUCCAUGUUAUCCGCUGAACUAGGCGACCAUGCUGAUGACAAUGAUGACGAUUUACAGCCUACCAGAUCAGAAAGCGCACAAAUGUCAACGUCCACCAGCAACACCGACCCCACUACUACUGCUGCUACACCAGCUGCUGCCACCUCUAAUGUGAUUCCUUUGUCCAACAUUGAUUUCAGCACAGUCAGACCCAAUCAUUUAACUCCCAGAGCACAAGAAAAGUUUGAUGAGGACAUGCUGACCGGUAUGAACUGCUUUUUCAAUAACAAAUUCUCAGAGGCAAGAGCCAUUUUUGAAAAGAGAGCCAAAGAGGAUCCUUUGUAUGCUCUAGGUCUUGGUUCAAUGGCGUUUAUCAAAGCUAUUUCGUCUUAUAACCCCAAAGAUGUGGAAUCAGCUCUCGCCAACUUGACCGAGACCUAUUUGUUUGCCAAUGCUCAAAUCGAGGCAGCCUCAGCUAAAAAACCACUCAAAGACACAGUAUCUCACUACAUUACCAACUUGAUGGGAUCCAACUCGACGCAUCUCCCCACUAACACGCGUGCCUUGAGCAAAUAUGAGCUGCAAGAUCUGCAAUUCAUGCCCAAUGGUGCUCUCCGUGCUCAUGUUAUCAAAGCAGAAUGUGGUUUGUUGAUGGCCAUUAUAUACCUCUCUAUGGAAACGGUUGUUGGAUAUCUCAAGGCUGGAUUAAAUUUGCGCAGAGCCUACAACAGUUACAGUCUUGUAUGGCAAGAGUACAAGCGCAUGGGACAGAACUUCAACAAGUACAUGGAUCAGGAUACUAUUUCAGCAAUACAGUUUGGCAUUGGCUCUGUUCAUCUGUUGCUGUCAUCCUUACCACCCAAAAUUUUGAAAAUUGUAUCUGCAUUUGGUUGGACAGCAGAUAAACAUCUCGGAUUUGCAUUGCUGAAGUUGUGUUUGGAAGGAAAGCGCAUCAGAUCACCACUCGCCUCAUUAAUGCUGCUGUCAUAUUACGUAAUUCUGACCUCCUACGCUCCUCAAGUACUCACCAGAGAGCUGAUACAGCCUGCCAUUGAAUGCCUGCUGGAUGCUCAACAAAGUUACCCCAACUCUGCCUUCUUUUUGUUCUUUGCUGGUAGAGUAUCCAGAUUAGCGAGAAACCUGCCACUUUCGACACAGUCUUUUGUGUAUACAUUUGAGGUGAGUCAAGGUGAUUGGGCUGAAACCACCAUUGGCCAUUUAGCUACAUUUGAGAUUGCCUUCAACUCGGCCAUGGGCUUGGACUGGGCCAGUGCUGCUGUGCGUGCCUUGGAAUUGCAGUCAAAGUACAACUCACCUGCCUUUUUGAAAUACUUUUACGGUGCCUGUAUGGAGAUGCUUGGCAAUCGCACCGAGGCCAUCCUGGCUUUCGCUGAGGCACCAGGACUCGUCGACAAAAAGAGAAAGUCGCAGCCCGAGUUGUAUGUGAUGAACCGAGUCGCAUUUUUCGAGAUUAGUGGAUACCAAGACCUGGAUUUCAGUUUACCAGCGUUGGAGAUUUUAUAUACUUGGAACGCAUUUCCUUGCAUGGCACCCACUGCGCUGGAACAGUGCUUGGAGAUCAUUGAAACAACGUUGGAAUCCAUCUACGAGAGAGAGAAAUUGGAGUACGAUAUUCGCACAGUGGAGCUUGUACCAGCAACAUCUGCACCCGACUAUUACGAUCAGCGCGGUACUCUUCUUUUGAUGAAGGCAGCUGUCUUGAACGCUCUCAACAAAUAUACAGAGGGUAUUGUGCAUCUCAACUGGAUCAUUGAUAACAAGGACAAAUUCAAGCAUACAAACUGGGUAGUUCCAUUUGCCUACUGGGAGUCUGGUAACAUUUGCUGGGGUACAGAGGAACACAAGCGAGCAAGAGCACUUUGGGAAUCUACAUUGGCCUUUUCUGGCUAUGAUUUUGAAUAUAGACUUGCCACACGACUCAACCUUGCCAUCCAACACGCCAUUGAAUUGGGUGUUCCAGAAACAAUUAUUCCCAAGGCAGAUAAAGGAAAGACCUCGCAUGGACGUAAGAGAAUGUCCAUCGUGCCAUCCAAAUCCACCGGCAACAUUAUCUCUUCUUAA